UUUUCUCUUAAAAAAAUGAGAAAAAACAGCAACAUAUUGCCAUUGAUAUUCAUCAUCAUACCACUAUUAUGGAUCCUUUUCAUCUCUUCUUCCUCAGCUUCUGUAAUCUAUGAUGGCAAAUCCCUCAUCAUCAAUGGCCAAAGAAGAAUUCUCAUUUCUGGUUCUAUUCAUUAUCCAAGAAGCACUCCCCAGAUGUGGCCUGAUCUUAUAAAGAAAGCUAAAGAUGGUGGAUUAGAUGUUAUUCAAACUUAUGUCUUUUGGAAUGGACAUGAACCUUCACAAGGAAAUUAUUAUUUUGAGGAAAGAUAUGAUUUGGUUAAGUUCAUCAAAUUGAUUCAUCAAGCUGGACUUUAUGUUCAUAUUCGAAUUGGUCCUUUUAUUUGUGCUGAAUGGAAUUUUGGGGGAUUCCCUGUUUGGUUGAAAUAUGUUCAAGGGAUUGAAUUUAGAACAGAUAAUGGACCUUUCAAAGCGGCGAUGGAGAAAUUCACGACGAAAAUCGUGGACAUGAUGAAGUCGGAAAAUCUGUUUGCAUCACAAGGAGGCCCGAUAAUCCUGUCGCAGAUUGAGAACGAAUAUGGCCCGGUUGAAUGGGAUAUCGGGGCUCCGGGAAAAGCUUACACUAAAUGGUUUUCGGAAAUGGCAGUUGGUUUGAACACUGGAGUUCCAUGGGUUAUGUGCAAGCAAGAAACUGCCCCUGACCCUAUUAUAGACACGUGCAACGGUUUUUACUGCGAAAACUUCAAACCGAACAAGAACUACAAACCAAAAAUGUUCACUGAAAAUUGGACCGGAUGGUACACUGCUUUUGGAGGUGCGGUUCCAUAUAGACCUGUCGAAGAUUUGGCUUUUUCGGUUGCAAGGUUUAUUCAGAACAAUGGGUCGUUCAUGAACUAUUAUAUGUUUCAUGGGGGAACAAAUUUUGGGCGAACUGGUUCUGGCCUUUUUGUUGCUACUAGUUACGACUACGAUGCACCAAUCGAUGAAUAUGGACUUAUUAGGGAACCGAAAUGGAGUCAUUUGAGAAAUAUGCAUAAAGCUAUAAAGCAAGCUGAGCCAGCUUUGCUUUCAGCAUAUCCCACUGUUAGCUGGCCUGGGAAGAAUUUGGAGGUUCACGUUUUUCAGUCAAAGAGAUAUUGUGCUGCAUUUCUCGCAAAUUAUGAUUCCGAGAAUUCAGCAACCGUUACAUUUUGGAAUAAGCAAUACAACUUACCUGCAUGGUCAGUUAGCAUUCUUCCCGAUUGCAAGACAGAGGUUUUCAACACCGCAAAGGUUUAUGGCUUGCGAAGACAUGCGAAAAUGAUUCCUGUUAGUAGCGGAUCAUUUCCGUGGCAAUCUUACAUUGAACAAACCGUAUCUGCUGACGACUCUGACACAUUUACGAACGCUGGUUUGCUGGAACAAGUAGACAUUACUCGAGAUUCAUCUGAUUAUUUGUGGUACACGUCGAAUGUCUAUAUCAAGUCCGAUGAAGGUUUCCUAAAGAAUGGACAAUAUCCGUUUCUUAACAUUAUGUCGGCUGGACAUGUUUUACAUGUGUUUGUUAAUGGAAGAUUAUCGGGUACUGUCUAUGGAUCAUUGACCGAUACGAGAUUGAGUUUUAGUCAAGGCAUAAAGUUGGUGGCCGGCGUCAAUAAGAUUUCUUUACUUAGUGUAUCUGUUGGCCUUGCCAAUGUUGGCACGCAUUUUGAGUGGUACAAGACUGGGGUUCUUGGGCCGGUGACACUAAAUGGUCUUAAUGAAGGGACAAGAGACUUGACAAAACAAAAAUGGUCUUACAAGGUUGGAUUAAAAGGCGAGUCUUUAAGUAUCCACACUCUCGCCGGUUCGUCUUCUGUGGAAUGGAUACAAGGAUCUUUGGUGGCGGUAAAACAACCCUUGACGUGGUACAAGACCAUAUUCAAUGAACCAACAGGAAACGAUCCAUUAGCCUUGGAUAUGAGCACGAUGGGAAAAGGUGAAAUAUGGGUAAAUGGAAAGAGUAUUGGACGACAUUGGCCAGGUUAUAUCGCGAAAGGGAACUGUGGUAACUGUAACUAUGCAGGACUAUAUAACGAAAACAAGUGCUUAAGCGAUUGUGGACAACCCUCUCAAAAAUGGUAUCAUGUUCCGAGAUCGUGGCUGAAGCCAACUGGAAACCUACUGGUUGUGUUUGAAGAAAUGGGAGGUGACCCAUCAAGGAUUUCUUUAGUGAAAAGGCAACUAUGAAAGAUCUGAAUUAAAAAUGUUUUUUAUUUGUUA